CCCACACAGACAUUUCCAAUCUCCCUCUGAUUGGUCCGUUAAGUCAUGGGUGCUGCUGCUGGGGCCAGAGCUUGUUGGGAAGAGCUCUUUCCUCUUUUGUAGGCUACAAGUAAGACCCCAAGGAGACAGGACCCCAUGGCUUCCUGGACGAGCCCCUGGCGGCUGCCCAUGUGGAUGGUCGUGUUGCACUCGGCCCUCCUGCAGACCUCAGCGGAGAAGGCCACCGGGGCCUAUUUCCUCCCCGAGUUUGCACUGUCCCCCCAGGGGAGUUUUCUGGAAGAUACCACGGGGGAGCAGUUUCUCACCUACCGCUACGACGACCAGACCUCGAGGACCUCACAUUCCGAUGAAGAGGAGGACAGCAACUGGGACGCCUGGGGGGCGUGGAGUGAGUGCUCGCGCAGCUGCGGGGGCGGGGCGUCGUACUCCCUGCGCAGGUGUUUGACGGCCAGGCAUUGUGAAGGGCAGAAUAUUCGAUAUAGGACAUGCAGCAAUCAUGACUGCUCGCCGGACGCAGAGGACUUCAGGGCCCAGCAGUGCUCAGCCUACAACGAUGUCCAGUAUCAGGGCCGCUACUACGAGUGGCUCCCGCGGCAUAACGACCCCACCGCCCCCUGUGCCCUCAAGUGUCAGGCGCGGGGACAGAACGUGGUCGUGGAGCUGGCACCCAAGGUCCUGGACGGGACUCGCUGCAACACGGACUCCCUGGACAUGUGUAUCAGUGGCAUUUGUCAGGCGGUGGGCUGUGAUCGGCACCUGGGGAGUCACGCCAAGGAAGACAGCUGUGGCGUGUGCGCUGGCGACGGCUCCACCUGCAGGCUCGUGAGGGGACAGGCCAAGUCACAUGUUUCUCCCGAAAAAAGAGAAGAAAAUGUAAUUGCCGUUCCUUUGGGAAGUCGGAGUGUGAGAAUCACAGCAAAAGGACCUGCACAUCUCUUUAUCGAAUCGAAAACACUUCAAGGAAACAAAGGAGAACACAGCUUUAACAGCUCCGGAGUUUUUGUUGUGGAAAACACGACGAUUGAAUUGCAGAGAGGCUCGGAGAGGCAAACCUUUAAGAUCCCAGGACCUCUCAUGGCUGAUUUCAUCUUCAAGACCAGGUACACCGCAGCCAAGGACAGCACGGUCCAGUUCUUCUUUUACCAGCCCAUCAGCCAUCAGUGGAGACAGACCGACUUCUUCCCCUGCACUGUGACGUGUGGAGGAGGUUAUCAGCUCAAUUCGGCCGAGUGUGUGGAUAUCCGCCUGAAGAGGGUGGUCCCCGACCACUACUGCCACUACUACCCCGAGAACGUGAAGCCGAAGCCCAAGCUGAGGGAGUGCAGCAUGGACCCCUGCCCCUCCAGUGAUGGAUUCAAAGAGAUCAUGCCCUAUGACCACUUCCAGCCUCUUCCUCGCUGGGAACAUAAUCCCUGGACGGCGUGCUCGGCGUCCUGUGGAGGCGGCAUGCAGAGGCGGAGCUUCGUGUGCGUGGAGGAGUCCAUGCACGGGGAGAUCCUGCAGGUGGAGGAGUGGAAGUGCAUGUACGCGCCCAAGCCCAAGGUCAUGCAGGCGUGCAAUCUCUUCGACUGCCCCAAGUGGAUCGCCAUGGACUGGUCUCAGUGCACAGUGACUUGUGGCCGAGGGCUGCGUUACCGGGUCGUGCUGUGUAUCAACCAUCGUGGACAGCACGUUGGCGGCUGCAACCCACAACUGAAGCUCCACAUCAAAGAAGAGUGUAUCAUUCCCAUCCCGUGUUAUAAACCGAAAGAAAAAGGUCCAGUGGAAGCUAAAUUACCUUGGCUGAAACAAGCACAAGAACUAGAAGAGACCAGAAUGGCAACAGAAGAACCAACGUUCAUCCCAGAGCCCUGGUCGGCCUGCAGCACCACGUGCGGCCCAGGCGUCCAGGCGCGGGAGGUCAAGUGCCGCGUGCUCCUCACGUUCACGCAGACGGAGACGGAGCUGCCGGAGGAGGAGUGUGCGGGCCCCCGGCUGCCCGCCGAGCGGCCUUGCCUCCUCCGAGCGUGUGACGACAGCCCGGCCUCCCUGGAGCUGGACGUCCCCCUGCACGAGAAGGACAGCCAGAUGACCUACGACUGGGAGUAUGCGGGCUUUACCCCUUGUUCGGCGACAUGUUUGGGAGGCCAUCAAGAAGCGAUAGCAGUGUGCUUGCACCUCCAGACGCAGCAGACUGUCAACGAAACUCUGUGUGACAUGGUCCACCGCCCUCCAGCCAUGAGCCAGGCUUGUAACACGGAACCCUGCCCACCCAGGUGGCACACGGGCUCCUGGGGGCCCUGCUCAGCUACCUGUGGCGUUGGAAUCCAGACCCGAGAUGUGCACUGUCUGCACCCCGGGGAGCCCCCCACCCCUGCUGAGGAAUGCAGGGACGAGAAGCCCCAUGCCUUACAAGCGUGCAAUCAGUUCGAUUGCCCUCCUAGCUGGCACAUUGAAGAAUGGCAGCAGUGUCCCAGGACAUGUGGCGGGGGGACUCAGCAUCGGAGGGUUGCCUGCCGGCAGCUGUUAACGGACGGCAGCUUUCUGAAUCUGUCGGAUGGAUUGUGCCAAGGGCCCAAGGCGUCGUCUCGUAAGUCCUGUGCCAGAACCGACUGCCCUCCACACUUAGCCGUGGGAGACUGGUCGAAGUGCUCCGUCAGUUGCGGUGUUGGAACCCAGCGAAGAACACAGGUGUGUCAGAGGCUGACGGCCAAAGGCCAGCGCGUCCCCCUCGGCGAGGCCUCGUGCAGGGGUCUUCCCGGCCCCCCCCUCGUAAGACCGUGCCACAUGCCCGUGUGCAGCAAAAUCAAGCCAGAGGUGAAGGCGGAAGCUGGAGAGCAGGGCCCUCUGAUCCUGGGUGUCCAGCGAGUCUAUAUUCAGACAAGGGAAGAGAAGCGUAUUCAGCUGACCGUCGGCAGCAGGGCCUACCUGCUGCCCAACACGUCCGUGAUUAUGAAAUGCCCCGUACGGCGGUUCCAGAAGUCCCUGAUCCAGUGGGAGAAAGAUGGCCAUUGUCUGCAGAACUCCCGACGACUGGGCAUCACCAGGUCAGGCUCGCUGAAAAUCCACAGCCUGGCAGCGGCCGACAGCGGCGUGUACCGGUGCGUCGCAGGCUCCGCCCAGGACACCCUCGUCCUUAAGCUCAUCGGAACCGACAACCGGCUCAUCGCGCCCCCGGCCCUGAGGGACCACUCGAGGGAGCACCCUGAGAUGGACCGUUUGGGGACCACGUGGCACAAAAUGAGACAGAUGUGGACUGAUAAAAAUGAGCUCUACCCGGAUGACGGCCACGUUCAUAACCAGCCUUUCCUGAGAGCGCUGUUGGGUCCCUGCCGAAAUUCUCCAGGAAACCCCAACUCCUGGGACGUGAAGCAUGAGCAGUUCGAAGCAGCGCUUCAGCAGGGAGCCUACAGCAUGGACACGGCCCAGUUCGACGAACUGAUAAGAAACAUGAGUCAGCUCAUGGAGACUGGGGAGGUCAGCGAUGACCUUGCGUCCCAGGUGAUAUAUCAGCUGGUGGCAGAGUUAGCGAAGGCACAGCCGGCACGCAUGCCAUGGGGGGGCAUCCGGGAAGAGACGCCUCCUACAGCUCAGCUGAGAGGGGAAACAGGAAGUGCCCCCCAACGUGCCAGUGCGAAAACCUCAGGCAAGCUGACCUUCAAGCCAAAGGGACCAGUUCUCGUGAGGCAAAGCCAGCCCCCCGCGAUCUCAUUUAAUAAAACGGUCAAUUCGAGGAUCGGCAAUACAGUGUACAUUACGAAAAGGACAGCAGUCAUCAAUAUACUGUGCGAGCUCGUUACCCCCGGUGAGGCCGCAUACACGUGGACCAAGGACGGAGUGUUGUUACAGGGCUCCGACAAAAUAAUUUGGUCUGGAAUGGGGAAGAUUCAGAUACGGAACCCCACAAAGAAGGAGCAGGGCCUGUAUGGAUGCUCGGUAGCCAACAGUCUCGGCUCGGACGUGGAGACUUCUCCCGUGCUCUAUGCAGAGGCGCCCAUCAUCCUGGCCACGGAAAGACACAUCAGCGGACCACAGCACGACCAUCUGUCUGUUGUGGUCGGAGGCACCGUGGAGGCGGCCCCGCGAGCAAACGUGACGAUCCGAUGUCCUGUAAAAGGUGUCCCUCAGCCUACUGUUUCUUGGGUGAAGAGAGGAGGACCUCUGAGUGACAAUAUUUCCUUGCUUUUCAAUGGAUCCCUGUUGUUGCAGAGUGUUUCUCUUGAAAACGAAGGGACCUACGUCUGCACAGCCACCAAUGCUCUUGGAGAGGCCGUGGCUUCGUCCGUACUGCGCUUGCUGGGUCCUUUCUGGAGGCUGGGGGACUGGACACAUUGUUCUGCCACCUGUGGCCACUUGGGAGCUCGACUUCGGAGACCCCAGUGUGUGAUGGCCAACGGGCAGGAAGUGAGCGAGGCCCUCUGUGGUCACCUCCAGAAGCCGCCGGCCAGGUCUCAGCCCUGUGGCAUCCAGGACUGCCCCCCAAGGUGGUUCACGAGUCCGUGGUCAGAGUGCUCUGUGUCCUGCGGCGAAGGGUUCCAGAGUCGGCAGGUGACGUGCAAACGCACGAAAGCCAGCGGCGCCGUGCAGGGGAUGCCUCCCAGAGCGUGUGCCCCCAAGGACAGGCCUCGGGGACGAAGGCCGUGUCCCGGCCAUCCGUGUGUCCAGUGGGUCGUGGAACCAGGGGGCCAGUGUCCUGGACGCUGCCUGGGCCGCGCCGUGACGAACCAGACGCAUCGUGCGGUUUGCCGCCACCACGACGGUGCCGACUCUGGCUGCAGUGAUGGAAGGAGACCCGCCCUAAGGAGAAACUGCUCGUCAGGGGCCUGUGACGCGUGUUGGCGCACGGGCCCGUGGAGGCCCUGCACGGCAGCCUGUGGCAGGGGCUUCCAGUCCCGGAAGGUCGACUGCGUCCACAGGAGCAGCUGCCGGCUGGUGGCCGACAGGCACUGUGCGCAGGGCGCGAAGCCGUCUUCCUGGCAGCACUGCGUCGGGCCUUCCUGUGACAGAGAAUGCACAGACACAACUCACUACUGCGCGUCCGUAAAGCACCUUAAUUUGUGUUCCCUGGACCUCUACAAACAGCGAUGCUGCCAGUCGUGUCGUGAAGGGUAAACUUUUGGAGGGGGUCCUCAUGCUGCUGUGAAGACGAAAUCGUGUAGAAGCUCCUUUCCCAAACGUAGCUGGUGCAGAAACGUGUCCUUCUUCGAGAGCUCUAGAUUCCGCCAUCAGGCAGAGGUCACUGCAGAAGCAUCGCCGUCGAUAUUGUGUACUGUCGUUUUCCCGCGGCCGGUUUUUAAUUCCAGCUCUUCGACACGACAGACUCCAGGACUGACAACAACACGACGAGUGGGCACGCCAUGGCGCUCGGGACCUCAUAAUGAGAAGAUUGCCAGGAUGGCCAGCGCGUCGUCACGUGCUGCCGCUUCCCGCCAUGGCUGGGCUAGCGUGGAGCAGGACGCCUUGACGACUUGGGAAUCACAGCAACUGACGACUUCCUCUUCCCUCAAGCUUUAGGGUCUCCACAGGUUUAUAAGGCAUUUUACAUUUUGGACGCUCUGGCCGGUAGUUGCUAAUAGGUUGGCACUAAUGCGUCGUCAUGGGUCCUUAAGUUCAGUCUGUGAAAAAGAGUCGGUCUUUUCGGACAGGCUUGUCACGCUCACCGCUCCGAGGGUCGUGGGAGGGGGGCAUCUCGCCCUCGCCUUCAGAGAACCCGAGGGCGAACACGCAGUGUAAAUGUCGCCGCCAUUUUCACAACUACGGAAGUCUGUCUGUGGCCAAGGGAGGGAGGCAUCUUGGGAAUCAAAGGCGAAGGAAAGUUAACCUUUUCUACUGAUUUUGAAGUAUAUGCGAAGCUUGCUUUUAAGAGCUGUGAAUGAAACUUUUCCUAAGCACUAUUUUCUUGCACACAAACAGCAAAAUCGAAGCCUUAUUAGACCUAAUUUAUGCAUAAAAUUGUAUUCCUAGGGAUUUUUAUUUUGGAAGAAUUAUAAGAAAGUGAUCUAAAUAUGAAACACGGUUGUCAAAAAAAAUUGUUUAUGGUAAAUAAUUGUUUUAAUUGGAACCUAUUUUUCAGUAAAUCCAAAGUGAAUUAGGGUUAGUCUGGACGUUACAGCUAGGACGAGGGAUAGAGUUGGGAUUGGGUGGAUACGUUUGGGGUUGGUUUCAGUUGUAGGGUUGGGUUCAGGUGAGAACAGAAGUUGAGUGAGGGUUAAGGCUCACGUUGGCUUUGGGAGUUUGGGUUUGGGCCGGGUUAGAUGAGAAUUGGGUUGGGUUUAGAUGGAGCCAGUGCCGGUGUCAGUGAUGGUGUCAGGGCGGAGGGUCCGUGUGGAGUAAAUAUUGCUGCUGAAGGAGUUUGGGGCUGGUCCGAAAUUGCAAAUUCGAAAGCCGAUUUGAUUGUGGGGCUCUCCCCCUUCCAUGCUGCCACUCGUGGCUUUAGAAGUCACACAGCCCGGAAGAAGCGGUCCUGCUUCUUCAUUCGGUGUCCCAGCUGCCUGUACCCAGGCUGCCUGUGGCCUGUUGGCCACAGAGUUACCUGCAGUAGGUCAUGCUGGACCUCGUCCCUGGUCACUCAUAAGCGGACCGUGCAUUUGGCCUCAGAUUUGUCUGCGGACAAGCUUGCCGCGUCUCUACCACGUUCGGAGCACCAGCCGUCCUGUCCGACCUCGCCCUCGCUGACGCUGGGAUGAGCACUACUGUAAGUAGAGGGGGUGCUGGUUGGGAACGAGUGGGGGGGACGUGAAGAGGACACACCAGCCCAUCAGUUACUGAUCAUCAACCGACACUUGAUCGUUGGAGGUUUUUAAAUUAAAGGAAAGAUCGUUUGUAAAAUACUCUUUGUAGAUACUUAUAUGACUUAAAGGUGCAAUAUUUUAUUUUGUACAGUGUGUAAUAAAGACAUGGGACAUAUAUUUUUCUUAUUAACAAAAUUUUUUUAUUAAGUCGAUUCACUCUUGUAUUUAAAGUUGCUAUUUUUCAUUUGCUAUUGUACUUUUUUUGUCUUAUUCAAACGACAUUCCUGUGUACUGUAUUUUACUACUGUUUCUAUAAUGUAAGAGUACUGUUUCUCUUUCAUGACCUUUAAGUAAUUCAGAAAUAAAUUGACCAAUUAUUCAGUGGCAUCCU